AUGGCGGGCGAGGCUGCGGGCACGUCGCGUGGCCUCCGCGUCUACAAGAUCGUGGUGCUGGGCGACGGCGGAGUCGGCAAGUCUGCUGUCACCCUGCAGUUCGUCAGUCACAGUUUCUUAGACUACCAUGACCCUACUAUCGAGGAUUCAUAUCAGCAGCAAGCAGUAAUUGAUGAUGAGCCAGCUUUACUGGACAUAUUGGAUACUGCUGGUCAGGUGGAGUUUACAGCCAUGCGGGAGCAGUACAUGAGAUGCGGCGAAGGCUUCGUGCUUUGCUACUCGGUGACGGACCGGCGCUCCUUCCGCGCCGCCGCCGAGUACCGCCGUCUGCUGGCACAGGCGCGCCCCGCGGAGCGCCUGCCUUUAGUGUUGGUUGGGAAUAAGCUGGAUCUCGCACCACGAUUUAGACAGGUCACUACUGAGGAAGGCAAGGCUCUGGCCACGCAGCUGGGAUGUCCAUUCUUCGAGACUUCAGCGGCGUUGAGGCACUUCGUCGACGACGCGUUCUACGCGCUAGUGAGGGAGAUACGACGGCUCGAGAGACAAAGACAGUCUUCCUUGCUGGGUACGGGCAUAUCGACAGGCGGAGGCGGGGGUCGAAGGCGCUGGCGUCGCCUGCGUAGCAUAUUCGCGCUCGUGUUUCGACGUCGUCGCCGACACCACGCUGGCCCCUAG